AUUGUAAGCGGUGUCUGUGUGUAACUUGGAGAGUGUAGAGUCACUUGCGAGCAUCAGCUCGAGAGCUUCACGUCAAAUCGCUCUUUGGCGGACACAAAUGUUAGGCAGAAAGUCGUAGAAUUUAAUUGAAUUUUUGAAUUAUUUAGUUAGGCCAAGAACAAGACAGUCAAGAUGAUUCUGCUGACGAUGAUAGCGAGGAUAAGCGACGGACUGCCGCUGGCAGCUGCGAUGCAGGAGGACGAACAGACAGGUAGAAGUAUUUUGGAGUAUCAAAAUCAAGCCAAAAUGCUGUUUAGGAAACUUGGACCACAAUCUGAACCAAGGUGCACCAUUGAAACUGGGCCAUACUUUUUUCAUUACCUCAUAGAAAAUGGUGUGUGUUAUUUAGUUCUAUGUGAACACCUCUACUCUAAGCGUACAGUAUUCAGUUACUUGGAAGAUAUUGCGCAGGAAUUCCACAUUCAAUAUGGUAAAAAAGUUAACUCAGUUACAAGGCCAUAUUCAUUCAUUGAGUUUGACACCUAUUUGCAAAAGGCCAAGAAAAUCUUCUCUGAUAACAGAUCUCGAAGAAACAUGAAUGCUUUGAAUACGCAGCUGCAAGAUGUGCAGAGAAUUAUGGUACGGAACAUUGAUGAUGUCCUGCAUAGGGGGACAGUACUUUCAGAGUUGGACACGAAAACGCAAAACUUAUCCAUGUUAUCACAGAAAUAUAAAAAGGAUGCUGCAUAUUUGAAUAGCAAAUCCAUGUACAUCAAAGCAGUAGCCGGAUUAGUAGCGUUUUCGGUAUUUGUAUUGUAUUUUUUCAUUCUUUAGUGAAAAAAAGAAAACAAGAACUUGCCAAGAUAUUGUUAUUUUGUGAAGGGCUAGUUUUGUAAUCUAGUUUUUAAGAUAUAAUUUUUCAACCAUUUUUUUUUAAUAUAGAAUGAUUUGUUAAAAACUUUAUGUUACGAAUUGCUUUUUCUACCAGAUGACACUAUUUUCAUUCCAUUGAACUAUGUUUUACAAAGGAGUUUUGGAAAUAAAUUUCAUAAAUGCUACUAUAAUAGCUUAUUUUAAAAUUAAUUUUAUACAUAAGAGAAUGUGUUGUGUCAAUGUUUUGAAGGGAAGUGAUUGCAAUGUCUUUAAGAGGGAAACCAAUAGACUAUGUAUUAUAAUGAACUUAUUUUGAUGUUAAAAUAUUUAUAAAAAGUUCGAUCUUGUAGCUAUGAAAAAUAACGUAUUUACAAUAAAAAUUCAUACAAAAAUAUGAACAGCACUUGGAA